GAUCGCACGUUGGGAAAUGGAUUUUCUUUCUUCUCAUAAAGAGUAGGGAGAAAUUUUGCGGAGAAAAUUUUAUUUACAUUUAUAAUAAUUCCACACCUUCAUAUGUGGAAUAACUUUUUAAUUGCCUUUUGGCAGAAGAAGUAGUAAAUAAUAUACAGCGGGUGCAUUAUCUGUAUGACCCCAGUUCAUCGGUUAAUGGAGGAAAAGUCAUAUGACUGGAAAAAUGAAAAUUACAUUGGUUGCAUCCGUAGAGAAAGGAAAGAUACGUAGAAGCGGAAAAGAGGGGUCGUUGUUCGUUGUGAACGCACCAUGAAAAAUAUCAUCAGCAUUUCUCCAUGGUAUCUUUGGAGAAGUCUUCAGAUGGAUAUUAGUUGCUUGAUGGCUGUUUACUUAUAAAUUUUAUAAAAGAUGUUACCUUUCAUGACUAGUGAUUAGUUGGGAAGUGUAUACCGACGCGAGCGGGAUUUAUACAAUAUUAAAUUUCUUUCAAAGUGUAGUUAUUAUUUUCUACUUUUAUUGUUUGUGCGUCUAACUGAUAACCGAAGAAAUAUGAAAACGAUUCCGUUGUAUUUUCUCAUUAUCUAUGGAUUCAAAUUCGUGAGAAAUGAAGAUACAGCGGAUAUCACAACUACUACGGAGCUUCCCGCAUUGUCCUUAGCUAGUAAUGAUACAGAUAUUGCCGUGAACGGAACAAAAGAGGACAAACCGAUUGCACUUGCAUUACAAAGGCUCAGACGGGAGCCCCCGAUAACUAUAUAUAAGCAUCGAGUACGAGUUUCCAGGCGUCGGCCGAAACCUCGACGUCGCAAUAAAAGUCAUCGACCAGUUUACGGACCACCGAAAUAUUCUCCCCCCGCUCCUAUCAGUUAUUAUAAAGUACCUCAUACAGCAUCAGAUGAAUCACCAAGUGGAGGAUACUCCUACAACCCACCCCAUGAUACGGGAAGCUCGAAAGAUAGCAUCUCACACAGCGUAUUGGAUGUAUCAUCUGACUUUAAUAUUCAGUCCAUUCCAGUGUCCGACUAUGGUAGCAGUAAGGAGUCCUAUGAAACCAGUUAUGGUGAAACACAUGAAGAAGAAAUAAUUCCAUUUGAGCCAGAUACCUAUAGUUAUCCAAAGCCAAUUGAGAAGAAAAAACCUAAGAAGCAUCAUCACGAAGAGCCGAUACAAGGAGGACAUAGUAUCUCAGAUAGCUCUCAUUAUUCUUAUGAUCCCCCAGCGAACCCAAUUGAACACAAUAUACCCACAUAUGAUGACAACGGCCCAGGUUAUUCAUAUGAACCCAAAGGAAAACCUCACGAUACUAAUCCAGGUUCAUCCGGCUAUUCUUACGAACCUCCAGCCGGAAACCAUGCAAGUUCUGGACCAGGUUAUUCUUACGAGCCUCGUUCAAAAACACCGGAAAUAUCGGCACCAAGCUAUUCUUAUGAUCCUCCGAAAAAUUCGUUUGUAGCGUCAGCACCAAGUUACUCCUACGAUCCUCCGAAGGAUUCUCAUGUACCAUCAUCACCAAGUUAUUCUUAUGAUCCUCCAAAAAAAUCACACGUACCUUCAACACCAGGUUAUUCUUAUGAUGCUCCAGCAAAACCAGAUGCAAAACCGCCACCAAGUUAUUCGUACGAACCUCCUAUAAAACCACAUGACACUCCAGAGCAAGGAUAUUCCUACGACUCACCAGCAAAGUCGCAUGAAAUUUCAGGACCUAGCUACUCUUAUGACCCUCCAUCUACAUCCCAUGGCUCUUCAGGACCUAGUUAUAGCUAUGAACCACCAGCACAGAGUCACGGAAAAACAGAGCCAGGUUAUUCAUAUGAAAGCGCUGGAAAAUCUGUUGGUGGUCAUCAAGAAGGUUCGAGCUACUCGUAUCCACCCCCAAAAAAUCAUCAAGAUGGACCGGGCUACUCUUAUGAACCAGCCGCUCCGUCGCAUCCAAAGGAAGAACCUACAGGUGGCUAUUCAUAUCCAACUCCAUCGAUUCCUUUUAAACCUCACGAAAUUUAUGGGGUUCCUCCUCAGCCACCCUCCUCAUCAUAUGGAUACCCUAUUCUGCCGAACCAGACACCCUCUAUUGAAAAUAAACCCAGCAUUCUCAGUGGGCCUUCCCAUGAAUUUGGUUCAUCUUCACAUGAUUUAUCACCGCCGGGAUCUUUAUAUGAUUUACCUUCACCAAGCAGCAAUGUCUACCAGACCGAGCCUUUCGGAAAGAGUCCUUCAGCCCCACUGGAUUCAACUUAUUCUUUUACAACGAAUUCAAAUUCUUACAAUUCCCUACCGACAACUGGUACAAAAGCCGUGGGUGGUCAUUUCGCAGAGCCACCUCCCAAUCAUAGACCUAACUUUCCUGAUUCGAAAUUAACUACAUCUCAUUUGCCUCUCGAUCACGAUCACCUGUCGUCUACGUAUGGUUCAUUGAAAACCAGUUAUGAGGUGCCAAUUUAUGAUGCGGUCCCAUUCACUUCGUCGCCACAAGAUUCUUAUCCACCGAAUCUUCCGACAUCUUACAAUCAAAAUAAUUUCCAGACUAUUGCAAGAGGGACUAACAAAGUAGAAGUAUUUGCACCACCGAAUGGAAUUCAAAAGCACCAAGAUACAACCGCACAGCAAACACAGAGGUUCAAUUCUGCCCAAGUCAAUAUUGUACCGAGCCUUGGCAUACCAUUAGAAGAGUUAACUGAACCUCCAUCAAACUAUUUGGAUGGAGAAUCUCGUAGGAAAAGCAAAAAGAAGCAUAGGUCCAAACAAACUAGGGGUGUCAACCGGUACAUUUCCGACCACACUGACCUUCACGGUGCUUUCAGUGCAGCGCAAGAAGUCACAGCUGCUCCUGAGGGAUCUAGUCCCAUAUUUACUCCAGUAACGAUAUCUGCAGUGCUAAAUAAUACAUCCAAUUUACAGUGGAGACCUAUAAGUGGAAAGGGCAGAUCCCAGAGAGGAUCAUCGCAUCAAACAGAAGGAGCUUCUUACUCAAGAGGUCAUCAUAUUGGACCAGGUUUGCCUGAAGCAGCCUCAAGCAAGCGUUCACAGCCAACUUACUUCAAUUCUAGACAAGAUAUAAGCGAGAUAAGUAUACAAUCGCCGGAAAUUUUUGUUUCCAACAAAAAAGCAUCCUCUUCUGAUGUGACGAGGAAAGGAUCGGUGUUUGAUGAGACUCUGAGCUAUUGGGAGAAGCAUUCGCUCCCGCGAAAUCAUAAAAUCCACUGACAUGUAUUGAGACAAUUAAUUAAUUUGUCAAGUAUUUUAUUUAGAUGUAGUGAUAUUUAUAGAUAUGUUUUAAUUAUCCUAUUUAUGUUUAUUUUCAUUGAAUUGUGUUUUUGUUUGCUUGUUAAUAAAUAUAUAAGUUUUUUUUUA